GGCAGGCAAGUUCGGGUUUCCAACAGGGGGUCCCUCAGCAGCCCAAGUCUCCCACUGCCUCCGGCCACGCUGCCCUGGGCGCACCACCUGGCCCUGCGCCUCUCCAGCACCCUUGCCUGCUGCUGCUGCGUCUUUGCUACCGCUCCCGGCCGCUGAGCAGCUCCGUGCCCACACAGCUGCAGGCUCCCGGCUGGGCACAGACAGCUCCACCAUGGGGCUGGCCUGGGGACUCGGUGUCCUGUUCCUGUUGCAAGCGUGUGGCACCAACCGCAUUCCAGAAUCCGGGGGAGACAAUAGUGUGUUCGACAUCUUUGAGCUCACGGGGGCCGCCCGCAGGGGCUCUGGGCGCCGGCUAGUCAAGGGCCCCGACCCGUCCAGCCCUGCUUUCCGCAUUGAAGAUGCCAACCUGAUCCCCCCGGUGCCUGAUGACAAGUUCCAGGACCUAGUGGAUGCGGUGCGGGCAGACAAAGGUUUCCUCCUGCUGGCCUCCCUGAGGCAGCUGAAGAAGACCCGCGGCACGCUGCUGGCCUUGGAGCGCAAAGACAACUCAGGCCAGAUCUUCAGCGUGGUCUCCAACGGCAAGGCGGGCACCCUGGACCUGAGCCUGACCGUGCAGGGGAAGCAGCACGUGGUGUCGGUGGAAGAUGCUCUCCUGGCGACCGGCCACUGGAAGAGCAUCACCCUGUUUGUGCAGGAAGACAGGGCCCAGCUGUACAUCGACUGCGAGAAGAUGGAGAACGCUGAGCUGGAUGUCCCCAUCCAGAGCAUCUUCACCAGGGACCUGGCCAACGUCGCCCGACUUCGCGUUGCAAAGGGAGGCGUCAAUGACAACUUCCAGGGGGCGCUGCAGAACGUGAGGUUUGUCUUUGGAACCACACCGGAAGACAUUCUGAGGAACAAAGGCUGCUCCAGCAACAGCCGUGUCCUUCUCCCCUUCGACAACAAUGUGGUGAAUGGAUCCAGCCCUGCCAUCCGCACUGACUACGUUGGCCACAAGACAAAGGAUGCCAUCUGUGGCAUCUCCUGUGAAGAGCUGUCCAACAUAUUUCUGGAACUCCGAGGUCUGCGCACCAUCGUGACCACGCUGCAGGACAGCAUCCGCAAAGUGACUGAAGAGAACAAAGAGUUGGCCAACGAGCUCAGGAAACCUCCUCUGUGCUACCACAAUGGAGUCCAGUACAGGAACAACGAGGAAUGGACAGUCGACAGCUGCACGGAGUGUCGCUGCCAGAACUCAGUAACUAUCUGCAAAAAGGUCUCCUGCCCCAUCAUGCCCUGCUCCAAUGCCACAGUUCCUGAUGGAGAAUGCUGCCCACGAUGUUGGCCCAGCGACUCGGCAGAUGAUGGCUGGUCUCCAUGGUCUGAGUGGACCUCUUGCUCUGUGACAUGUGGCAAUGGAAUUCAGCAGCGUGGCCGCUCCUGCGACAGCCUCAACAACCGAUGUGAGGGCUCCUCAGUGCAGACCCGGACCUGCCACAUCCAGGAGUGUGACAAGCGAUUUAAACAGGAUGGCGGCUGGAGCCACUGGUCCCCGUGGUCCUCCUGUUCUGUGACAUGCGGAGAUGGUGUGAUCACAAGGAUCCGGCUCUGCAACUCUCCCAGCCCCCAGCUGAACGGGAAACCAUGUGAAGGCGAAGCUCGGGAAACCAAAGCCUGCCGGAAAGACGCCUGCCCGAUCAACGGAGGCUGGGGCCCCUGGUCCCCAUGGGACAUCUGUUCUGUCACCUGCGGAGGAGGGGUGCAGAAACGAAGCCGGCUCUGCAACAACCCUGCACCCCAGUUUGGAGGCAAGGACUGCGUCGGUGAUGAGACAGAAAACCAGAUCUGCAACAAGCAGGACUGUCCAAUUGAUGGAUGCCUGUCCAAUCCCUGUUUUGCGGGUGCUAAGUGUACAAGCUACCCUGAUGGCAGCUGGAAGUGUGGCGCCUGUCCCCCUGGGUACAGUGGAAAUGGCAUCCAGUGUAAAGAUGUUGAUGAGUGCAAAGAAGUACCUGACGCCUGCUUCAACCACAAUGGGGAACACAGGUGCAGAAACACAGACCCCGGCUACAACUGCCUGCCCUGCCCUCCACGCUACACUGGCACACAGCCUUUCGGCCGGGGUGUUGAACAUGCCAUGGCUAACAAACAGGUAUGCAAGCCCCGCAACCCCUGCACAGAUGGGACCCACAAUUGCAACAAGAAUGCCAAGUGCAACUACCUGGGCCACUACAGUGACCCCAUGUACCUGUGUGAGUGCAAGCCUGGCUAUGCUGGCAAUGGCAUCAUCUGUGGGGAGGACACAGACCUCGAUGGCUGGCCAAAUGAGGACCUGGUGUGCAUCGCCAAUGCAACUUACCACUGCAAAAAGGAUAACUGCCCCAACCUCCCCAACUCAGGGCAGGAAGACUAUGACAAGGAUGGAAUCGGUGAUGCCUGUGAUGAUGAUGAUGACAAUGACAAAAUCCCAGACGACAGGGACAACUGUCCAUUCCAUUACAACCCAGCCCAGUAUGACUAUGAUCGAGAUGACGUGGGUGAUCGCUGUGACAACUGCCCCUACAACCACAACCCAGAUCAGGCAGACACAGACAGCAAUGGGGAAGGAGAUGCCUGUGCUGUGGACAUUGACGGAGAUGGUAUCCUCAAUGAACGAGACAACUGUCAGUAUGUCUACAACGUGGACCAGGAGGACACUGAUAUGGAUGGAGUUGGAGACCAGUGUGAUAACUGUCCCCUGGAACACAAUCCCGACCAGCUGGACUCUGACUCGGAUCUCAUUGGAGACACCUGUGACAACAAUCAGGAUAUUGAUGAUGAUGGCCACCAGAACAAUCUGGACAACUGCCCCUAUGUGCCCAAUGCCAACCAGGCUGACCAUGAUAAAGAUGGCAAGGGGGAUGCCUGUGACCAUGAUGAUGACAAUGAUGGCAUUCCUGAUGACAGGGACAACUGCCGGCUUGUGCCCAAUCCUGACCAGAAGGACUCAGAUGGUGAUGGUCGAGGUGACGCUUGCAAAGAUGAUUUUGAUCAUGACACAAUUCCAGACAUCCUUGACAUCUGCCCUGAGAAUGUUGAUAUCAGUGAAACUGACUUCCGCAAAUUCCAGAUGAUUCCUCUAGACCCCAAGGGUACCUCCCAAAAUGACCCUAAUUGGGUUGUACGCCAUCAGGGUAAAGAACUUGUCCAGACUGUCAACUGUGACCCUGGACUUGCUGUAGGCUUUGCUGAGUUUAAUGCUGUGGACUUCAGUGGCACCUUCUUCAUUAACACGGAAAGAGACGAUGACUACGCUGGAUUUGUGUUUGGCUAUCAGUCUAGCAGCCGCUUCUACGUGGUGAUGUGGAAGCAACUCACUCAGUCCUACUGGGACACCAACCCUACCAGGGCUCAAGGAUACUCAGGCCUGUCUGUGAAGGUUGUGAACUCUACCACAGGGCCUGGGGAGCACCUGCGGAAUGCCCUGUGGCACACAGGAAACACUCCUGGCCAGGUGCGUACCCUGUGGCAUGACCCUCGUCACAUUGGCUGGAAAGAUUUCACUGCUUACAGAUGGCGUCUCAGCCACAGGCCAAAGACAGGUUACAUUAGAGUGGUAAUGUAUGAAGGGAAGAAAAUCAUGGCUGACUCAGGACCCAUCUAUGACAAAACCUAUGCUGGUGGCAGGCUAGGAUUAUUCGUCUUCUCCCAAGAAAUGGUGUUCUUCUCCGACAUGAAAUAUGAAUGUAGAGAUUCCUAAUCAUCAAGCUGUUGAUUGAAAGACUGAUGAUAAACCAAUGCUGGUGUUGCACCUUCUGGAACCAUGGGCUUGAGAAAACCCCCAGGAUCACUUCUCUUUGCCUUCCUUUUUUCUCUGCUUGCAUCCAUAUGGAUUCCUGCCUCAAGGAAAUGUGGUUUUCAAAAACAGACUCAGCCUUCGGCCUCCAAUGAAUAAGAGGACAUCUUCCAAGAAUAGAAACAAUGGUGUGCUUUUGCCAAAAAGCAAAUACAUCUACUCACUUCAACUAGAAAGGAGCCUGCCCUGCGCUGCUCUGGUCAGAGCAGGGUGCUCUUGUGAGGCCAUCUGUGAGCAGUGGACUCCACAGCAUCCUCAGGCAGGUCAGAGAAGGGAGGAAUCACUAGAAUUAGCAAACAAAAAUAUGCCUGACAUACUCCCUCAGGAACUGGGGGUGGGGAGCAGGAGCCCGGAGCACUAAGGGGGAGGACACAUAACCUAAGAGAUGAUUGAAUGAAGAAAAAUGGGGGAACUGUUACACAAUUGGUACUAAAUCACUUUCAGGGGACUGAAAGACUCUUGCUGGAUCUCAUGAUGCUGACUGGUGUUGGCUGAUGAACCCAUGUGAAUAGGCACUUAGAGAGAAGCAGGGGAGGAAGGGAAGGACUGGCUUCUGGACGCCCUCCCUGAUCCCCAGCUGUUACAUAUCAGAGUUAGAAAAUCAAAAUCAAACCAGUGUCAGGCAGUGCUGGCUACCAACUUCCGAUCACAUUGAACUUGGCUAGUUUUCCUCCAGAGGUAGCUUGUGCAGAUGUAGCAGGGAACUAGGAAAACCUACCAUCUCAGUGAACCCCAGCUGCCCCGCAAGGGAGGGGUAGCGGGUUUCUAUUUUAUGGUUAGAAAGGCACAAAAUUAUCAACCUAAUUAAAACAUUCCUGUUCUCUUGCUUCCUGAAUUAGCAUGGAGUUCUCCAGUCCUCUCUUUCGGAUGGUAGAAUUCUUUCUUUUCUUAAAAACAAAGACUUUACAAUGUAAAAUAUUUAUUUUUGACUUGAUACAGAGGAUUCAUGGAACAGGAAGAAGUGUCAGGACUGUCCAUAUCAUCUUUGCUAGGAGUCUUCACGACUGUAAGAUUGUAAAUACAGAUUAUUUAUUAACUCUGUUCUACCUGGAAUUAUAUUUCAUAUGAAAGGUGUUUGAGAGGUUACUGAAAUUUAUCAGCAAGUGGCUUACAAGAAUGGCACAAGGGAUAUUAGCUGUAAGCAGCUGCCCCUGGUGCUUAGAGGGACACAUCUGGGACUCUGUUUUCUUUGUUCUUUGUAGAGUGGAAUUCAUUGUGUCCUUUUGCAAGUGUUUUAGAUUGUGAAGAAAGCCAUGAGGUCUUUAAUACUGUUUUAUCCCAUCCCUUAUGCCUAUUUCCAGGGAGAAAAAAAACACACAUACACUUUUUUUAAAUCAUUUUUCCAAAAGAGAAAAAAUUACAAACGUGAAACUUAUAUACAAAUAUUACCUCAUUUGUUGUGUGACUGAGUAAAGAAUUUUUGGAUCAAGCAGAAAGUUUAAGUGUCUAACAACUUAAAGCUACUGUAGUACCUAAAAAAGUCAAUGUUUGUACAUAGUAUAAAAUUUCUUUGCAAAAAGUAUUCCCAGUAAGGAAAUUGCGUUAAAAUACUGAAUACAGUUUCUGAAAGUUGUGUUUUUUUUUCUAUCAUCUUGUAUACCAUUGCUUUGUUUUUAUAAAUUAUUUUCUCAUUGCCAUUGGAAUAAGUAGAUAUCUCAGAUUGUGUAGAUAUGCUAUUUAAAUAAUUUAUCAGGAAAUACUGCCUGUAGAGUUAGUAUUUCUAUUUUUAUAUAAUGUUUGCACACUGAAUUGAAAAAUUGUUGGUUUUUCUUUUUUAUUAUUUGUUUUUUUGCUUUAUACUCCCCUCCCAAUUUUUACUAUUUGCCAAUACAUUUUCUAGAAAUUGGCUUUUUGUACACAUUUUUAUCCAUUUUUACAUUGUGAAACAGUGUAAGUUGUGUAUUACUGUUUCUUACAUACAAGGAAAACAAUAAAUCAUACAGAAAUUUA